AUGAAAAAUAAUAUUUUAUUUUUAAUAUUUUUUUAUUUAUUACAAAAUAGUUCAAGUUCUGUAUAUAAUUAUGAAGAAUAUGUGACUGUUGAGGAAGAAGAUUAUGCUGUACCGAGAGAAUGCAGAGGUUACUGUGACGAAAAUGGGUUUAGAGAAAAGAGGUCAGGAUCUCAAGUCAAGAGUCAUGUCUUAGAAGCAAUGAUGAGCACUAAAGUGUUGCCUUUAAAAAAGGAUGAACCUGAUAUAUUUGCAUUUUUGAGAGACCAGUAUGAAUUGCCUAAAGGUUUCAAAGGACCUCUCUCGGAAUACGACUUCAUAAUCGUGGGAGCAGGAUCAGCUGGGAGCGUGUUGGCUUCCCGUCUCACGGAAGACAAGAAGACUACGGUCCUGCUCAUAGAAGCUGGUCGUGGAGAGUCACUGAUAACGGACGUACCAAUUCUGGCACCGGUGCUACAACAAACUGAUUAUGUUUGGCCUUACCUCAUGGAAUAUCAGCCAGGAGUUUGCACAGGGAUGGUGGAUGGUAAGUGCUUCUGGCCGAGAGGUAAAGCGGUGGGUGGAACAAGCGUGGUCAACUACAUGAUCUACACCAGAGGUAUGCAGGAGGAUUGGGACAGGAUCGCAGCAGCCGGCAACUAUGGAUGGUCAUAUAACGAUGUUAUACCGUACUACAUAAAAUCAGAACGGGCUGAUCUGAAAGGACUUAGAAACUCGCCGUGGCAUGGACGAGACGGUGAACUCUCCGUGGAAGACAUCCCAUUCAGAUCUAAGUUAUCUAAAGCCUUUCUGGACGCAGCGAAAUUAUACGGUCAUCGCAGAGUAGACUACAACAGCCCAGACGCAUUUGGAUUCAAUUAUAUUCAAGCAACGCUUACCAGAGGACAGAGGGCCAGCAGUGCCAAAGCAUUUCUACAUAAGAACAAAAAGAGGAAGAAUCUACACAUCUUAGUAUCCAGCAGAGCAACUAAAGUUAUUAUAGAUCCCGUUAAUAAACAAGCAGUUGGUGUUGAAUUCCAUAAAAAUGGACGAGUAUACCAAAUCAGAGCCAACAAGGAAGUAAUACUGUCAGCAGGUCCCAUUGAAUCACCACAUUUACUAAUGCUUUCUGGCAUAGGACCAAGAAAACAACUGCAAUCUUUUGGAAUACCCGUAAUACAAGAUCUCAAAGUGGGCGAAUCACUAUAUGAUCACAUUUCCUUCCCGGCUUUAGCAUUUACUUUGAAUCAGACGAGAUUAACACUUGUCGAGAAGAAAAUUGCUACAAUACAGAAUACAAUCCAGUACGACCAAUAUGGUGAUGGUCCCAUGUCUUCUUUAGCCGGGGUCGAAACUAUUGGAUACAUAAAAACGAACAUAUCUAAUGAAAUUGGCGACUAUCCAGACAUUGAAUUGUUAGGAUCCUGUGCAUCUUUAGCUUCUGAUGAAGGAACUAUUGUAGCCAAAGGUAUUCGUAUGGCCGAUUGGCUGUACAAUGAUGUCUACAAACCAAUAGAAAACGUUGAAAGUUUUACUGUCCUAUUCAUGUUACUGCAUCCUAAAUCAAAAGGUUAUUUGAAGUUGCAAUCGGCAGAUCCUUACCAACAACCUGCCCUAUAUGGUAAUUACCUAACACAUCAACAGGACGUAGACACAAUGAUAGCUGCAAUAAGGUAUAUUAUCAAACUCGUGGAUACACCGCCAUUCAGGAAAUACGGAGCAACAUUGCACAAGAAGAAAUUCCCGAACUGUAAGCAACAUGAGUUUGGAAGCGAUAGUUAUUGGGAGUGUGCUGUGAGGACAGUGACUGCGACGUUGCAUCAUCAAAUAACGACGUGUAAGAUGGGUCCUCCUACGGAUCCUGAGGCGGUGGUAGACCCAGAACUGAGAGUGUACGGAGUCAGUAAUUUACGAGUCGUUGACAGCAGUAUUAUACCGAGGACGAUAGUCGCUCACACAAACGCACCAGCCAUUAUGAUUGGAGAAAAGGGUGCUGAUAUGAUUAAGAGGACUUGGAAGUUAUUCUAA